AUGGCACUCUCUCUUCACUCCUGUGACGUCUCUGACCUCUGUCUAGGCAAGCCUCCUCUCCGCUGUCUCCCCGUCUCUUCCUCCGCCGUUUCCGACGCCAUCUCCGCCCUCAAAUCCUCCGAAGAUCCCUUCAUCUCCGUCUGGACCUGCACUCACGACCACAACGAUGCCUCAGACGCAGAGUGCGAGUGCUUGGGGAAGAUAUCAAUGGCUGACGUCAUCUGCCACUUGUCCCAAGACGGAGACCACACUCUCUCUUCCUUAGACGCACCUGUCUCUGUUCUUCUCCCCAAAACCCGUUCCCUCGUCCUCCAUGUUCAAGCCUCCUGCAGCUUAAUUGAAGCCAUUGAUCUGAUAAUCCAAGGAGCACAGAAUCUGAUUGUCCCGAUUCGGACAAAGACCGUCACGAAGAAAAGACAGCAAAACGACAACGUUUCGGUCACCACCACCACACAUUCAAACGGAAAACGAUUCUGCUGGAUCACACAAGAAGACAUCAUCCAGUUUCUCCUCGGACGCAUCGCCGCAUUCUCACCUCUGCCUGCGAUGUCCAUCUUCGACCUCGGUGUCAUCAACAGCACACACGCGAUCCUCGCCGUUGAUUACAGCUCCUCAGCAUCCACCGUCGUCUCCGCAAUCUCUCGCGCUCUCGCCGAUCAAACUUCCGUCGCGGUGGUCGAAGGCGAAGGAGACGACCCAUUGAUGUACCUAGUCGGAGAGAUCUCCCCGAUGACACUGACCUGCUGCGACGAGACGGCCGCUGCUGCGGUGGCGACGCUCUCCGCCGGGUAUCUGAUGGAGUACUUAGACGGUGGAAAUCCGCCGGAGAGUCUCGUCCUGGAAGUCAGGAACCGUUUGGAGGAGAGAGGACUGAUGGGUCUGCUCUCGCUUUUCGAUUCUCUCUCGCCUUCGUCGCCGUCGUCUGGUUAUUCGUCGGAGGAAGAAUCUCCGGCGAGGACAGCCUCGUUUGGGAGGUCGAUGAGCAUGUCGGCGAGAAUGGCGAGGAAGGCGGAGGCAAUAGUGUGUAACCCGACGAGCUCGUUGAUGGCGGUGAUGAUCCAAGCGAUUGCUCACCGAGUGAGCUACACGUGGGUGGUUGAUAAAGAUGGGUGUUUCGUUGGCAUGGUUACUUUUGUUGAUAUCUUAAAAGUUUUUAGGAAAUUUUUGGAGAAUAUGAUUUAA